CAUUUGAACAAACAAAAUUGGAUCCAGUUCGUGACGUUUCUCAAUUCGAAGGUUAUGGAUUCUCUUCGCAUUCUUCCUCCUGCUUCCUACGUCUCUCUUCCCUCCCAAUCUCUGUGUCAAUCCUUAAUGCUAUCCCUCUAAAUCCAAUCAUCAAUCGCUUCUUCAUUCUCGCUCUUGAUUCCUCCUUUCCUUUUGUGUUUUAGCUUUUAACCGGCCAAUCCGCAUUAAUCGCCAUCAUGGGUUUCAAAUCCCUCUUCUCUCGGAAGAAGAAGCUGCUCGAAACCGCCGCCGCCGCAUCGCCGAUCACGUCCCGAUCGCCAUCGCUGUCAAUGCAUUCUCGUGCCCAGCUCGCGGAGGAGCUGGAAGAGGUGUUCAAGAGAUUCGACGUGAACGGAGACGGCAAGAUCUCCGCAUCGGAGCUGGGAUCCAUAUUGGGAAGCCUGGGCCAACCGGCCACGGAGGAGGAGCUGAAUAACAUGAUCCGUGAGGUGGACGCCGAUGGCGACGGAUUUAUUAGUCUUCAAGAAUUUAUCGAGCUUAAUACAAAAGGGAUCGAUUCCGUGGAGGCAAUGGAGAAUUUGAAGGACGCGUUCUCCGUCUUCGACAUUGACGGCAACGGGAAAAUCACGGCGGAGGAGCUUCAAAUGGUGAUGAAGAGCCUCGGUGACGACUGCUCGCUGGCGGAGUGCCGGCGGAUGAUUCACGGCGUCGAUAGCGACGGUGACGGCCAGAUUGAUUUCGAAGAGUUUAAAGUGAUGAUGAUGAAGGGAUCUCGCCAUGAUACCAGUGACAGGGUGAAGCCCGAAUAAGGCAUUGUUUGGCUGUGGCAUUAUUUUUGUUUUUCAAAAUUUUUUUCCCAAUUUAUGAUAUGGGGAUUGGAAUUUCACAUCCUGCAAAUUUGAUAGACUACGAAUUCUAAACAGUUAGAUUUGAAAUAUAAAUAAAGAUUAUAAUAAUUUUUUUCA